GAGCAUCUGGAUGAGCAUUGCGCUGCGCUUGGAGAAAGUUUGUCUUCAACAGCCUUAAAUCCACAACAAACGGGUUGGAGUUCUCGGGCAUAUUCAGCAAUGUGUGAUAAGGUGUCCGUGUCAACGAUGAGGUCCAUCGUCUCCCGAUGAGUGAUUUGGGAUAAGUCGUUAGACGCCUCAACAACAUCGUGUCGAACAAGGGCGUGGCUUGUCAAGAAAAAGCGCCAAAUUCGAGGUUACAGUAAUGAGGCUUUUGCAAAGAAUUCAUUCGCCAUGCUUAUGUAAUCACUCCACCAAACUCCAGCUCGACCUGACAUCAGCGCUUAGCUUGAAGUUGUCUCAGGCCCAAUUGGGCACUCGUUUUCGACGAGGUACAGCCUCUUGAUGCUAGUUCUGGCCCAUGUCGGAAGUGCAAAGCCCAGUUCCACCCCCUCCUGUCCUAAAACCGACGAGCUCUGAGGAGACUGGCAUCAUUACUCAUCUUCGCAACGUUUCUGGGUCCAAGAGGUUCCCUUUGAGAGUGUUUAAAAGGCUAAGACCAUCCCCCAACGUCAAUUCGAAGGCAAAAGAACGAGUGAAUCGAAAGAGCCCUGCUGAGGAUCCGGAGGUGGAGGAUGAGUAUCGUCUUAGGGAUCGCAUCGCUGCCCGAAUUCAACGGCUUAGACACGGAAGCGUUGAUUCCCAGUAUGAGGAUGACCUGGGAAGCGAGGCUCUUGUGAAAUUCAUAGAUGCGCGACAGCGUCCCAACGAUGAUGUUUAUGACAAGGAUACUUAUAAGUGGGCGAUAUUGUAUGAAAAUCAGCGAGGGUGAGUGCCAAGAUGUAUUGAUGACUGCGUCUUUUGGAUUAUCUUUGGGGUAGAGCCACAUUUUUUGGAUCGACGCGAUAUUCUGCAUCAUCUCUCCUCCCUGGCGAUCCACCUCCAUUUACAUUGGCUCUUAAACCAGGCGUCAAAGACCGUAGGCUUAUGUUCACC